AUGGAGAUAUUCGGGAUACGGCAAGUACUAUUAUUCAUCUGCGUUUUCAGUUCAGGGCUAGUGUACGGACAGGUUAGCUAUUCGAUUCCUGAGGAAAUGCCCAAGGGCUCCUUUGUUGGAAACAUAGCGCAAGAUUUGGGACUGGAUUUGAAAAGGCUGAACACGGGCAAAGCUCGCAUUUACACCGGAGACGAUACAGAAUACAUCGCGCUGAACAAGGACAGGGGAGUCCUUUCUAUCAAAGAGAGAAUAGACAGAGAGACAUUGUGCGGACAGACUACGCCAUGCGCUCUACAUUUUCAGAUUAUGUUAGAGGAUCCUUUGGAAUUCUACACAGUCACGGUAGAGAUAACAGACAUAAAUGAUAAUCCCCCAGUUUUCAGACAGAAUGAAAUGAAAUUUGAGAUCAAUGAAUUGGCACAGACAGGCGCCCGUUUUGUUUUAGAGAGAGCGAAAGACCACGACGUCGGUAUUAACGGUCUCCAAAGCUAUUCAUUAAAUCCCACCGAUAAUUUCGUGCUGAAACUGCACGGUGACCCAGACGGUCCUAAAAAUAUAGAAAUGGUUUUACAAAAGUCCCUAGACCGAGAGUUAAAUGACCAUUUGUCCUUAGUUUUGACGGCUUUGGAUGGAGGAGACCCCCAGAUGUCAGGAACAAUGCAAAUACAGAUCACAGUGUUAGAUGCGAAUGACAACGCGCCAGUGUGUUCUCAGUCUGUCUACAAGGCAGCCGUGGCAGAAAAUGCUCCAAUAGGCACCAUUUUAACUACAGUUAGUGCAUCUGACGCCGACCAAGGCUUGCAUGGCGUAGUGUCAUAUUCUGUAUCCUCAGAGGAUGCAAAUUCCUUGUUUGACAUUGACUCUCGCGAAGGCGUGGUAAGAUUAAUUGGAAGCAUUGAUUAUGAAAAACAGAAAUCCUAUCAAUUGAAUAUCCAGGCUAAAGAUCAUGGGGGACACUCUGGUGUUUGUAAGGUUAUGAUUAAUGUAAAUGAUAUAAAUGAUAAUAAGCCCGCUAUUAAUAUUAUGUCAAAAUCAAAAGCAAUAUCUGAAGAUUCAAAAACAGGCACCGCUGUCGCAAUACUAAACGUGCAUGACCCAGACUCUGGGGAAAACGGAAAGGUCCAGUGUUCCAUAGAUGCCAAUUUACCGUUUACACUUAAAUCAACAUCAAACAACUUUUUCAGUUUGGUGACUGACAACGACUUAGAUAGGGAGAGUCAGAAAGAUUAUAACAUCACGGUGACGUGCAGUGAUGAGGGAGUGCCUUCCCUCUCCAACAGCGUAACCCUGUCUUUGCAAAUAUCAGAUGUAAACGACAACGCGCCUGUGUUUGAAAAAAGUUCAUAUGAGGCCUCCGUUUUAGAGAACAACACACCGGGUCUCUCCAUAUUCGCUAUUCGAGCACAAGACGCAGAUUGGAACCAGAAUGCGCGUAUCUCGUACAUGCUGGAAGAAUCCUCAAUAAAUGGAGCAUCUGUAUCAGGUUAUGUAUCCGUUAAUGCUGACAGCGGAGUAAUCAACGCUCUACGCUCUUUCGAUUAUGAACAAAUCAAAGAUUUUCAGUUUCACGUUAGAGCCCAGGAUGGAGGCUCACCCCCACGGAGCAGUAAUGUGAGUGUGAAGAUUAUUAUUCAAGACCAGAAUGACAACGCCCCUCAAGUGCUUUAUCCAGUGCAUACAGGCAGCUCUGUUGUGGCUGAAAUUGUCCCUCGUUCAGCAGACGUGGGUUAUCUUGUGACAAAAGUUGUGGCUGUAGAUGUGGACUCCGGACAGAAUGCCUGGCUCUCGUACAAACUUCAGAAAAACAUGGAGAGGGCACUGUUUGAAGUGGGUGCUCAGAAUGGAGAAAUACGAAUCAUUCGUCAAAUCACCGAUAAAGAUGCUGUGAAGCAAAAGCUUACUGUUGUAGUGGAGGACAACGGACAGCCACCUCGCUCUGCAACAGUCAAUGUGAAUGUGGCUUUAGCGGACAGCUUUCCCGAGGUGCUUUCGGAGUUCAGUGAUUUUACGCACGACAAGGAGUACAAUGACAAUCUCACCUUCUAUCUCGUCUUAGCAUUGGCAGUAGUUUCUUUUCUUUUUAUCGUCUCUAUCAUUGCGAUUUUUUCAGUGAAAUGCUACAGGUGGAGACGAGAGCGGAUGUUUUAUAAAUCUAACGGACACCUUCCCGUUAUACCGUAUUACCCGCCUCUUUACGCAGACGCUGGAAACACAGGAACUUUACAGCACGUGUAUAAUUAUGAGGUUUGCAGGACAACAGACUCUCGAAAGAGUGAUCUGAAACAUAUGCGGCCUUGCAGUCAGAGCAUAAUUAGUCUCAACACCAACGGAACUCUUACACUGCCGCAUGCGCACAGGGACAAACUCAUAAUUGAGGAUUCAGACGAUCAGGUGAGAUUAUCUUUAGACAUUCUUGAGUUGCUGUACAUCACACCCUUCUCCUGUAAAAAUGACGUGAUUCUGAUCUCGUGUUGUUGCUGA